AUGGCCGCCUUUGCAGCAAUCAAGGAUCGUGCAUCCAAUGUGUUCGGCGGGAUCGGAUUCGAAAAGUUUCAGAUGCCGCCGAAACACGGCUACGAUCAGAUGGGCGGAGCUGGACUCGGCGAAGGGCCCACCUACGUGCCGGCAGACGACGGCGGUGGUGAUUCGCCGGUUUCGUUUGAGGAAAUCGAACGUCCACCGUUGCGUCACAUCGAUAAGUACGUCCGAGCGGAAUGCCCCUGUAUCAAAACGACUCGCUACACGGUCGCCCUGAUGACCUGUCUGGGGUUCAUCAUUUCCUUUGGCAUGCGAUGCAACAUGGGAAUGGCCAAGCUGCAGUUCGAGAACGGGGAAGUUAAAUACAACUGGACCGUAGCCAUGGAGAGCGCUGUCGAUUCGUCGUUCUUCUGGGGCUAUCUGGUGACGCAGGUGCCCGGAGGUUUCCUGGCGUCUCAGUUCCCUGCUAAUCGCAUCUUCGGUACCGCUAUAGCUUGCUCCUGUUUCCUAAACUUGCUUGUCCCAGGUGCAAUGAUGCUGCAUCCCACGGUAGUAAUCCUGGUGCGUGUUCUGCAAGGACUGGUUGAGGGUGUAACAUAUCCUGCCUGUCAUGGUAUCUGGCGAUUUUGGGCCCCACCACUGGAACGAUCCCGCCUAGCAACGAUGGCAUUCAGUGGCUCAUACGCGGGUGUGGUGAUAGGCAUGCCGAUGUCCGGAAUUCUGACCGGCUGGAUAAGUUGGCAUGCCCCUUUCUAUUUCUACGGCCUUAUGGGCUUAGUGUGGUAUUGUUUCUGGUUAUGGUUGUCGUUCGAAAAGCCCCGACAGCAUCCGACAAUCACCCUGAAAGAACUGAAGUACAUCGAAAAGUCGCUCGGAGAAUCGGUUCAGCUGCCGAUGCCGACAAUCUCGACGACACCCUGGAAGGCCAUGGCCACCAGCAUGCCUGUCUAUGCCAUUAUUGUGGCGAACUUUUGCCGCUCAUGGAACUUUUAUCUGCUCGUACUGUAUCAAAGUGCAUAUCUUAAGCAUUCGUUUGAUUUUAGAAUUGAAGAGACUGGUAUAUUAGGAGCACUGCCUCAUCUACUGAUGACAAUUAUUGUACCGUUCGGAGGCAUGCUGGCCGAUUUCUUACGAAAGUCCGGAAUACUUUCGACCACUAACGUCCGGAAGCUGUUCAACUGCGGAGGCUUUGGCUUAGAGGGACUGUUCUUCUUGGUUGUAGCACACGCGACGAGUCCCAUGGGAGCGGUUACAGCGUUAACAAUAGGAGUAGCUUGCAGCGGGUUUGCCAUCUCUGGAUACAAUGUUAACCACCUGGAUAUUGCUCCGCGCUACGCCAGUAUUCUUAUGGGCAUGUCCAACGGAAUCGGAACCAUUGCGGGUCUCAUAUGCCCAAUAGCGAUUGAUCAUUUGACGAGAGGACAGCCUAAAUCCUGUUGGUCAAUAGUAUUCACGAUAGCCGCCACCGUUCAUUUGGUCGGAAUCACUUUCUACGGUAUUUUCGCAUCCGGCGAGCUACAGUCCUGGGCUGAACCGACCCUAGAGGAACAGAAAGCCUGGGAUCCAAUGGCCAGUGGGUUCGAAAAGGAAACCGCAUUCACGGAUCCGGGUGGGGCGGGCGCGACGGGCGAUACGACGGGUGGUACAGCAGCGACUGCCAUGAAUCCGUCGGCGCAGAUCAACAGCACCAAAACGGUAAGCUACGGUGCCAUGUCGCACGUCGCUGGCAAUCCGUUCGCAUCGGCGAACUACGUCAGCGAGGAACCCGUACAACCGGAAGCGAAAGACUCCUACCUACACGGAAAUCCGGCCGAACGUUCAUAUUGA